UUGUCGUCAAUUUUCCGGCACAACAGACGCAACAUUUGCCGAAGAGCAACGCGCGAGCUGCGUAGAGCGGAAACACUUGACAAUUAUGUAAAGCUCCUCUCGCCCGAAAAAACAAGUUUGCAAACAACGAAAAAUGAAUAAACUCGUGGUACCGUAAAGCUAUCAAAAACUAAGGAACAAGUGGCAACAACUCAGAGAGAACACAACUAACGAAAAACCCUCGAAAAAGUGCUUGCAAUUAAAAAUAAUUUCGCAGUUUGCUAACGAACAAGAACAGCGGAAUACAAAAUAUAGUAAAACAGAAACCGUAUUUUGAAUGUCGCGCAAAAUGUUGCAAGUGCCGGUGGCAACACUCGUGUUGCUGUCGCUGCUGCAGAUUGCCGAUGUUGCCGCUGUCGCAGAUGCAGCAGCAGCAACAGCAACGGCAACUGCAACAUCAACAUCCACAUCCACAACGACAACCGGAAUCGAUGCCAGCCUGAAGAAUGCCAAGCUGAUUGAGGGCAAAGUGCUGCCCGAUUUGGCCGCCUUGCAACGCGUCAACCAGGAAGACGAAAAGUGGCAGCAGGUCUACCGGUUCAUCGACGAUGGCUUUCCCGUCCUCGAGUUGUACGGCUACAAACCGAAAUCGGACCUGCCGUACACGUUGAUUGUGCCCAAAAUCGAUGUGCGGAGCAUUGAGAAGCCGCGACUGAAGGAGUUCAUGUUGGAGCAUGUGGUGCCCGGUAAAAUCUUCGACAGCUACAGCGCCGUGGCCAAUGGGAAUGGCAAUGGUAAUAGCAAGGAGGAGGAGGAGUCCUUCGGCAAUGGGAACGGACACAAAAUCGUUUUCCGUAAAUUGGAAAAAUCCCACAACAAUGUUUGGCUACUCAAUGGCCAGCAAAUACUCCACAAGCUGCGUAUCAAUGAGAACCUGAUGGCCAUUGCAAUUGAUGGUUAUUUGGGCGAUAGGAAGUCGCCCUACUCCAAGCGCAAUAUUCAGGAAACGAACAACCGCUACAACGACCCCCAACCGCUGGAGCAGCCGAACAUUACGAAUGCACAUGCAAAGGUGGAGCCCGUUAUCAAGGAGUCGAAGGCCAGUCCGCUGAUGUCCUUUCUGGGCAACAUGAAGACGGGCACCAAGGUGUUCCAGCACUUCCUCUCCAAGAGCAAUCUGACCCGCAUUAUGGACGACAACGCGUACACGGUGCUGAUUCCCUCGGACAACGCCUUUCAACGCUGGCAUCCCAUCGACUGGGGAUUCUAUCCGUUUUCCGUGCCGGAAUUCACCGAGUCGGUGCUGAGGAACCACUUCCUGCCGAUGCAGCGACCCCUGAGGCUCUCCGAUGUCCGCAACAUGGACGAGGUCGUCGUGACCACCAUGGGUGGCGAGGAUGUCGUCUUCCACGGCCAACCCACCCCCACGGUGAAUAAUGUGAGCAUUAUGUCCGACUACAACCUCUCCAAUGGCAAUCAGGUGUUCAUUAUCUCCGAGGUGCUCUUCGUCACCGAAGCGGUGGUCUCCAAAUUGCAUCAGAUGCACAAGGAUAAGGAGACACCACCAUUGUUGGCCUUCCCUUGGUUUGGAGCUCAGUUCCUCUCCCAUUCCUUUUUGGCUUUGGAGAGGGAUCCCCGAUUCACACAGAUAACCAGAUACCUAAACAGUGCUGAAAUCGCUCCCCACAUUUCCGGAGCCAACUACACGUUCUUUGUGCCAGAGGACCGGGCCUUUGAGAAGCUGGGAUAUGAUAAGUUAUCCGAUGAGGUGAUGGCCUCCCAACGCGGAGUUAAAAUGCUCCUAAACCAUUUCGUCAAGGGAAGGCUCUACAACCGGGAUUUGCGCGAUAACGAGGUAUUCGAGACGAUCGGCGGUGGCCACAUAAAGAUCACCCGCAAUCCUGGAAGCAAUUAUACCAGCGUGAACAAUGCCCAGAUUACGGAGAGCGAGGUGUUCGUGUACAACUUGGGCACAAUGUACUAUCUGGACGACAUCCUGUACGCGCACAUGCUGCGCGAUUUUGUGAGCAAAUCGACCAAGACGAGAUCCAAUCGGCACGGCAGCGAUUCCGGCGGAGGAUCACGGAGCACCUCGCGACCCAGUGACGUGGAGAUCGUUCCCAACGAGUUCGAGGGGGAGCACAAUGGCGGGGGCUAUGCCAUCCACGGGGAUGACGAGGACUUCGAGGAUGAGAUCAUCACGCCCAAGGCGCUGCCCGUCCAGAUCUACGAGUUGCCCAAGUAGAGAUCUUGAUGGGUGGCUUUAUUUCGAAAAAUAUGUAUCUUGGAUGUAAAUGCGAAAAUAACAUAGGCGGCACUUUCUUGCAACUAUUACAAAAACAUCCAUUUACUGGUUUUUACUUUUUUACUCAAGUGCUUUAACAUUCAAUGAUUUAAGAAGUCAGUUUUUUCAAAGAACAAAAUGGGGUACAUCUUUCAAAUGUUUUCAAGAUUAUGUUUUCGUCGCUUAUUUUAUUUUGGCAAUUAACUAACGAUAUGUGUAUAAUUUUUUUCCACUUGAUCUGGGUUAGAUGGAAGCAUUGAGAAAGGGAGGCGAGGCGCUAAAAGCGUUUUUGUAUAGUUCUGGGCUAAUUUUUUAAAGCAUUUCUCUAGUUUAGUUCUUAGUUGUUCGUGUAUAUUUUAAGUUUAGCAUUGAACGAGGCGGUGAAACGAAGUAUACUAUUACAAAAUCGACAUCAAGAGCAGCAGCAGCAGCAGCAACGGCAGCAGCAAAAGCAGCAACAGCGACAGCAACAAAUAUAUAAACCUAAUCCUAAAGAACUUAUCAGCGAUUUAGACAAAGCUUGUAGACAUAGCGAGAAAUUGCAGCCAAAAAAACACAAAUUACUACAAAUAUUCAAUGAGUAACGAGUAAGGAGUAAUGCAUUCCCGUAAUAUUCAAAUUAGAAGCGAAAUUUCAAGAAAAAAUAUAAACAUAUACGUAUACUAUGCAAAUUCAAUUAGCGCUCAUCAGUGUUUAUGCUUUUUUGAGUCUAUCCAUGUGAGGGAGCAUAGCGAAAACAUAUCGGCUAAAUCGGCGGAUCGGAACUCGAGCGUUCGAAAUUUAAAACUCGGAGUAAAUUCCCUGGAGGGCAUUCGUAGCGGACGGGAUCGAGGCAAGAUAUAUCUAUAAAUACGAGUAUAUUACGAACAGAUAUUGUAUUUUUUAAUUUAACGGUAUUGAUAUUUAAUGUAUCUGUGUAUAUGAACAAAACAAAAGCAAUGAGAACGAAGCAUCCAAUUUUAUAAUAGUUUGUUAAAAUAAAAACAAAAACCUUUCAGAAAAACCA